CUUGACUAAUUUUCGUAAAACGGUAAAAUAUUGUAUUUUGUUUCUUUUGUGUCAGUAUUUUGGAGGUUUUGAUAUGUUACAAUGGCAGAUAUAAAAGCACUAGAAUACUCCACCUUAAAGGUACGUACAAAGAAAAUUUGAGACGUUCGAGAAACGUCGUUGCUUUUUGUCUAUGUGAGCUUCGUUUGCACAUACGGUUGUAAAGAAGUAAUCGAGAUAUGACGCGUUUGUUAUCAAUUCAGAAGCGUUCUAUUGCCAACUUAAAUAACGCUUAAUAAAACUCUGGUGCAAAGUAUGGUUUAAGAAAGGGAAUUUCUAAUUCCUUCUUCUAAUGAAACACCAGCAAAUGUUGUAAUGUCGAUGAUGUGAUCCAUAGUACAUGCUUACAUGUAUUUACAUUUGCUCUUACACAUCGAUCGCCAGCUCGCAAUGCGAGACUUACACCUUACAUGGUAUUUGUAUUGGUUGACAAAAGCAUUCGAGUGCAAUCUAGAAGAAAUAGGCGCAAGUUUAUUUUUUAAAGACCAAGAAAGUAACUUUUAGUCCUUCAAAGACUAAAAGUUGGUAGCAAAUUUCUUCCAAAUUCCACGAGAAAUAUUCGAUGAAAGUUGUUCAACAUGUCAGAUGUCUCCUCUGUCUCUCUCUAAACUUCUUUAUCACAGUUUCAACUCUCUGAAAUGUUCUUAGCAAAUAUUCUGGCUGAAUUUUUUAUAUUUGCAUGCAUUAUUAUAGAUGAACAAUAAUUGCAUAUUAUUUACAUCUUUAUAAUUUUUAUAUUCAGGUUCCAUAUGAGAUUCUCAACAAAAAGUUUCGAGCAGCACAGAAGGUAAUUGACAGGGAAGUAUCACUUGUGCACAGUGCAACUAAUGAUUUGACGAAUGGUCUGGGCUCGGUACCAGUCAAGGUGGGUGAGAUCACUGGCUUCCUUGAUGGAGUGGUUCAAAAACUGCAAUCACUGAAAAGAAAGGUAAGCUGUACUCCAUGAGAGUUGUUGCUGUGCUGGUGAAAUUCACCAGAUGAGUAAGAGAUGAUUGUUGGAUUUUUUCUGGUGAUUGGUCAUGAUCAGUAAAGCACAAUGUGCUUUCUGAGGUUACAAUGAUUCAAUAUUGAACACCAUCUCUGAGCCCUCCUCACCUGCAAUUUUACAUGUAACAACCAUGUAACAACAUUUACAUGUAACAAUCAUGCAAGUAUAGACCAAAAUAAAACAUACAAGUAAGGUCAAAUAUAUUUACCAGUUGUUAGGGUCAAGUCUCAUGUAUAUCCUAUUACUAUGAGGCAAUACACCACUAUCAACAUUUUAUUAGAAAAGAAACUAAAUUCCUGGGAAAAAACCUAAGGAAAUGCAUGGAAAUUCAUUUUACAGUACAUGUCAAUGUAGAUGUAGCUGUCACUGUGAAAAUUAAUCAAUUUGAAUACAGGUAUAUUAUUUAUUGUAUACAUUCGCUCAACAACACUGUGUAAAGCAGAGACUUUGGACUACAAUAAUUUGAUUACAUAAUUUGAAGUGUUUGUAAGGGUUAUUACAAUGCACUGUCCAAAUAGGAAAAUUAAAAUGUUUGAUUUACUUUUAGUCAGAAGAAUGUCUUUCCCAAGAAGAAGCUUGCUUACGGCACUGUCGUGCACGCCUAGACCACAUCAAAGAGCAUGCAAAUGGAAGAAAGAGUGCUAUGUUGGUGUGGAAAAAGAAACGUCUUGAUCGAAUGUUGGUGGAUCAUUGUCUUAGAUCUGGUUAUUAUGAAACUGCAAUUAAACUCGCAAAAGAUUCACAAAUUGAGGUGGGUUUGAAACUAAGAGUCAAGUCAUUUACAUAAAGAAAAAGUUAAAACUGUUGAUUGAAAAAUACCAUUCCAUUGAGCUAAAUGUAGUUCUGUAAAGUAGGUUAAAAACUCUGUUUUUCACAAGGUGUCAUUUUGUAACCUUACAUUACGACAUGAUCACUAGAAAGUACAGUAUGAUUUGGUCACAAUUUUUCAUAAACAACAAAGGAAAAGUGUUGUGAGGAUUGCCAUCAGUGUUGUUCUUACAGUUGUUACAUUAGCAGUGCUACAUGCACAUGGAAUUAGUGGUACAUGUACAGUACCACUCUGAUUUAUGUUAACUGUGCAAAAAUACAUUGUAGCCUAUUUUUUUAAACAAUCAUUGGCCAACAAUUAUAAAAAAAUGAAAGGUCAAGCUCAUACAUAUUAUUGAGGCAUAUGUGUUAAGCUUAUGUGUGCAUGUGCAAAGUUUUGAUGCACAUAUAUUUUUAUUCGCACUUGCAUGCGACUUUAGCUGCAUUUUAUGUGCAUUUUGUGGUUAACAUAUAUCUGAGCGGUACAAGUCAUAUACAUGUAUGUCAAUUAGAGCUCUGGUUUUACAUACAUGUACAUGUAGCCACUCACUGAAUUAUGUACUCAUGGGUUCAAUUAGCUGUUGUAUUUUGAUGCAUUUGUUCAAUAUUUUAAUCAGUUUAAUUUUUUUUAUUAUUUUCAAGGAAUUUGUGGACAUUGAAUUAUUCCUUGUCUCAAGGAAAGUCGAAGAGUCAUUAUUGAGGAGGGAAAUUGGGCCUUGUCUAGCUUGGUGUUAUGAAAACAAAUCCAAACUAAGAAAAUUCAAGGUAGAUGUAUUGUAUUUUUCAUUAAAAAAAUUGUAAUUGUGUGAACUAUUUUUUGGAUGCAUAUCAGCAGUGUUUCCUGACUCAAUAUUUUGCGUUCACAUUUGUCAUGAAUGCAGUCAUGACUCAGGCAAAGAAAUUGCUCUGUACAUUAAACCUGAACUACAUGUGUAAUAAGAAAUGAGUUGUUGGUUUGUCAUGAGGGAAAAGGAAGGAAAGAAAAACCUGAGUUAUGAAGUUCAACAUAAAAUUCCAACUGCAGACUACAGUAUCAAAUUUUCUGGUUGAUAUUGGGGGUCCUGUAUUGAGCUAGAGAAAACUGAUUGUGAUUUACAUGUACAUGUAUUGUCAAUGAUCAAACUGGACUACACUUAUUUCAUUGUAGCUGUCAGUGACUUGCAUACUGUGUAUGCAAUACUUAGGGUCAGUUCAGUUGUCAUGGGAAGUAACGUUAUUUUUUCAACACAAGCAAUGUUUAUGAAGGGUUUUUGUCAAACUGCAAGACUUUCCUAAGUUUAACUCUGAAAAAAACAUGAGCUGUUCAGAAUGCUUGUGGCUUAAUUUAAAGAAUGAAGACAUGACACUUAUGAUCCCUAAGGUGGCCUGCAUUGUUGCACAGUCCAGUGUCUCAGGAUCUUUUUGACAACCCUGGAUUUGCUCUGCAUGUAAUGUACAGUAAUGUCUCAAAAUCUUUUUAGCAACCCUGGGUUUGCUCUGCAUGUAAUGUUUAUGUUCUUCGUUGGUUGGCUAAGUACUGUAAUCUAUUUUGAUUUUGUUUGAUAGAGUAACCUUGAAUUUAAUGUGAGAAUGCAAGAGUUUAUUGAACUGGUGAGGAGAGGUGACAAAAUGGAAGCAGUUAGGUAGGACUUUGAUGUAUCAAAUGGAAAUCUUCAUUUGCAUUCAGAUGUGUUUGUAUUUAAUAACAAUUAUAUUUCCAGAUGAGUGUACUUUGUGGGUAUGUUCUGUUAUGUACAGCUAACUUGUGAAAUGGCAAAGCUAUGAGUAACAUGCAGCUGUUUAAUGCCUUCCGCACUCACCUUUUCACUGAGGAAGGCUUCAGUACUAGCAUGUAAAUUGCUUAAGAUGUUGUCCUAAUUAAAGCACUUUGUGUGAGAUUGUAAUUAUAUUAAAGACCAGUUUUUCAUCAUGACAGAAUUUUUUUGUACACAACUGAUAGAGUACACUGUAUUUAUGCUACACGUACCUGUACCUUUGCGUAGUUGCUCUCUUUAUGUCCACCUUUCCGAAAGUGAGAAAGUUUUUCUCAUUUGGAUCAUUCAUUUCACCAGUUCCUUCCUUUUUGGGGUUGCCUUUUAGCUGUGGAAUACCUCUCUCUGAAUUAUCUGAGUUAAAGAAAGUGUUAAUCAUUCAUGCUCAUCUGGAGUCUUUGAGUUCAUUGUAGGACCUUGGAUGAUGGUGAUUAAUGUUAAUCAUUAUAGUACUUUUCUUUGAUACUGUUACAAAAAUGUUACAGUACAUACAUGUACAUUCAGUGUAUUGUCUCAAAUCAAAUUGUAUUUUACUUUGCAUGUUACACUUUUUGAACAGGUAUGCUAGGAAGCAUUUUCCUCCUGCAAAUGUUGAUGGUACAAUGACAAAGGAGAUCCAGAGAGCCAUGGCUUUACUGGCUUUCAAACCAGGGACCAGCUGCUCUCCUUACAGGGUGAGUUACAAUUCAUCUCCUUAUUUUUACAUAUACAGUACAUGGAUGUCCCCUUGCAAUGUACCUUUUGGUGCUUGUUACAUGUAAGUUUGUUUUUUUGGGCUUUUUUCAUUUGGGAUUCUAUGCUUCUGUCAAUUUUUAAUGGACUGUCUGUCCUGUUAGUCUUUCUGUGUAUUUGUCCAUCUUUCAACCCAUCUGUUUUUGUUUCCUUUUCUGUUGUUGUAGUGUCCAUUUAUAUGUAUCAAGACAGUACUUGUUGUGUAGUAUUUACAUGUAGGUUGAAUUUAGACAGAAAUGAUUUCAAUCGUGUAUGUACAUGUGGGGACAAUGUAGUACUCCUAAUCAAUUUGUUAAUACUUUUAAACUGCGUAAACUGCAGGAAGAUGCAGCAUGAAACCAUUCAACUUGAAUUUCAUUUAACCUACAACCUACACCUUUAUCAUUUCACUGCUACUUUAAAAAUUAAUUUUUCAAGAACUUGAUUUACCAUUAUGAUAAUUUAAAAUGAUCUCACAUUGACUCUUUUUCUGUGCUUUUGAGAAUUCAAUCACAGCAAAGUUCAUUGAAGCCUCUCUCUUUGCUGUUAGCUUUUUCUUUCUUUCUUUCUUUUUUUCUUUUUUUUUUUUGAAGUUGUCUGUUUGUUACUUUUUUAUCCUUGAAAAUACAAUUAUUUGUUUAUUUGCAGGAAUUAUUUGAUCUGGAGAGAUGGGGUCAGCUGGUGAUGCAGUUCAGGAGAGAGAAUUUCCAACUUCACCAGCUUAAUGAUCAAUCAGCUUUGGCUGUCACAUUGCAGGCAGGAUUGUCUGCUCUCAAAACACCGUAUCUUUUAUACCUUGGGUUUAUGGAAGAAUAGCUUUGAUGUACAGUGAUAUUGAACAUGUAAGCUGGCCAUGCAUGACAUAUACAAAUAUAUCCUUGCCUUUUACAGGAUAGGCUUUCAAUUUUGAAGUGGCUGAUUGGUAUGUGCAGGGUAGUUUUGUUUGUAUAGGCAGUAACAUGACUUUGAGUGUAAUUUGGUGUUAAUAACCACAAGUAAAUUUUUCAAAGAUAACAAAAUUGCACAAGCCUAUAGGGCAAGUGCAGUUUGUGGUCUUUGAAAAGUCUACAAUUGCUUAUUACACCAAAUUGCUUGAGGAAUCAUGUGAUUGCUUGUUAACAAUGAACAUGGAAAAACAUCACAGAAAGUUAAGACAGAUGCAGAAAUUUUGAAAGCAUGCAUGCACUAUUUGUAAUUUGCACUUGUGUUACAACGUUGUACUGGUGUUACAUGAGAAUGCACUCAUUUCAGCCAGUCAGAAGCGCAUAAUUUUUACAUGUACAUCGUUACAGAAGCCAUAGCUGUAUAGAGUUGAUCCUCCAUAUGACUGACUUCUCCCCCUCCCCCUCCCCCUCCCCCUCCCCCAACAGUGCCACCAUUUUUUCAAGUUGUACCUUUUUAGGCUGUCCAUGUAUUUUCUUGUAAUUUUGUUAUGACCUCCCUUUAACAGCCACAUCUUAACCCUUUUACUCCUAUUGGUGACCAAGACAGAAUUUCUCCUUACAUUAUCAAUACAGUACUUAGCAGACAAGUGAUGAGAAUAAAGAAAAAUAUAAAAUAGAGGAAAAUUGGUUGAUCCCAUGCUAAAUUCUCUGAAGUAAUAUCAUUCAAAUUAUUGUGGAGCAGUAAGGAGAAUUACUAAUUAGAACUAGGAGUCAAAGGGUUGACAGUGCUCUCUUCCGUCUGUCUGCAUAGUGGCUACUUCAGAGAUUUAAUAUUAUUAUAGUUGUUUAUAAGAAAUUUUAUACCUCUGGGAGAUGUUAUGUAAUUCUUGACCUACACAUUUGUCAGUCACUGUUAUCAAGAGGGCCACAAGAGCUCUGAGUGUCCUGUCUGUAGUCACCCUCUGAACAUCUUAGGGCGUCCUCUUCCGUACGCCCACUGCGCUCAGUCCAGGCUGGUGUGCCCCAUGUCAGGGCAUAUCAUGAACGAGAACAACCCUCCCAUGGUACUUCCCAAUGGAUACGUAUAUGGAGAGAAUGUAAGUUUAGAUCCGUUUGUGAUUGCGUUUUUUUGGUUUUUAACUGAUUAUCUGCCGUCUGAACACAACAAUCAUAUGAACGCAGAGGUCAAGAAGCAAAAAAAAAAGAAAGGAAUACUUUAUACAGUUUUACAUGACAUGACUUACCGCUGACCACACUGCUUGUCUUUGAAAUCGGGCAAAACGGGCAAAAGAAAAUUGAAACUUAAUAGAAAUCUGUGAAGGGAUACGAAAGUAGCGAAAAGGAAAUUCGAGACAACACAAAUCUUAUUCAAGUACGGGUAUCCUGUUUAAUUAUCAAAAAAGUUAGACGCUUAUAAAACACUGUGGCCUACUAGCUUGUGUGGUUGUUUGUAACUCGUGUGAGAAAACUUUGCUCUGAAAGCCUGAAAGCGCGCCACCUAGUCAUUACAUCGUUCGCAUACACGCAGGCGUUUGACCGAUGUGUCUAUGGCUGGGAAGAAGAAUUGUCUUUUGAAGGUUCACGCGACCUUCCAAGGCUAACAACCAUGGAAGCGGUGUUCGGCCAUUUAUAUGUACAGGUAGCAUCCAUGAACUUCUGGCUAAUUCAUGGGAUGUUAGCCUCCUUCUGUAUUUGUUUUAAAAAAUUUUGAAGAGACUAUUUUUAUUCAUUAAUGUUUUGGUUUUCCCUCUCUUGUGAAGGCUUUACGGGGGAUGGCGAACGAAAACGAUGGUCGCGUUACUUGCCCUAAAACGAAGGAGACUUUUCGUGUGGAUCAAGCUGACAAAGUUUACGUUAUGUAAGCAAAACAAAAGAACCUUCUCUUAAGAAAUGUCAGGAGUUCCAUCAAAAUACAACGUGGCUUUGUAAUGCAAUAUUUGAAAGAAUUAUAAACUCAUCCAAAGAACAAGGUUUGAAGAUUUUCGUGGAGGAAUGCUUUGACUUGGGAAGAAAAAUCAUUAUUUUAAGAGCCACGCAAGUAAUUUUACUCGUGUCAACAGAAGUUCCUCCCGUAAAAGCUUCAAACAGCCUCCUAUAGCACACGUGUAAUGGGUUUCAAUGACUUUUUCCUUAAGCGACCACCUAUGGUGUAAUAGGCGCCUCUGCCCCAUAAAGGGGCCGUAUAUGGUGAACUCAAACAUGAUGGCCUAUUCAAAAACAAGUCUAGCAGUAGACUGGCCUUUAUUGGAACCUCUGUAUAUGAUAUGUCGGCCUGACUUUUUCGUGUAUUUUUCCCUCGAGCUGUGCUCUUAAUUGUAAAAUGGUUUGUUAUUAUGUUUUUGGCUUUUUAUUAUUGUUGCGAUCAUUUUUUAAGAGAAAACAAUAACGUACGGGACUUGUUCUUGGACGUAAAGAUGAAUUUGCUGGUGGAGAGUAUAACACGAGUAGUGUUUAGUUGAAAGUCAUAUUUGAUUAUAGAAUUCUUUAGAUGUAGUAACCAAAAUUUCAGAAGGAGAGAAAGAUGAAUUGCUGGCGAAUUUUACACGAGCAGUUACAUUUUGAAAGUCUUCUUAGAAUAAGGAAUUCUCCAGGUUUUAAAAUAACCACCUUUUGCCGAAAGAAAAGUUAAAAUGAUACGGGUCUCAGGAGGGUGGCAUUAACCGAACCUUGAAAUUGUGAUAUCGAUUGCUGUUGAUACUUAAAAUAAUUUCGUCUCAAAGUUGUAAUCAUGUUACUCCAUUUUUGUAAGAUUUAAAUAAAAAUUGAAUCGAGCUGCCGUAUU